AAACUUCUCCAGAGGGGAAAGUAUUGGAAUCGGUUUCAAAGGGGGGAAAAGACCAGAUUUUCGAGCGCAUCCAAAUUGCAUUGCACAUGCCGGACAAAUCUUAAAUAAUAAAGAGGCAAUGUUUUUGUAGCAGAAAGUCCAAUUUAGAUUUAUGCACAGUUUGACCUGUUAAUUGGAUGUUUUCAAAAACAGAAUAUUUCACGCUUCUUUGAGAAGUCUCAGUGCGGUGUUUCAGCAGUUUGGAUCUUUUUCACUCAACUGUAUUUUGAUAGUCUGAUGACCUGAGUGAGGCAUUUGAAAACAAAUCACUGGCGCUUAAAUUUUUGUAUCGGAAGUAAAGAAAAAAAGACAAGAAGAUGAUACACAAUUUGUUCGUGGUGGUUACAUUUUUCUUGGGUUUGUCCCGGUGCUACUGUUCGUAUGUCCCUUGCGAGCCCUGUGAUCAGAAGGCGCUCUCCAUGUGCCCACCAGUGCCUGUCGGCUGCGAGCUGGUGAAGGAACCGGGCUGCGGCUGCUGCCUGACCUGCGCUCUCUCGGAAGGUCAGGCGUGCGGCGUUUACACCGGAACAUGCACACAUGGGCUCCGGUGCUUGCCACGGAACGGCGAAGAGAAGCCGCUUCAUGCCCUUCUUCAUGGUAGAGGAGUGUGCACAAAUGAAAAAGGAUACAAGCCUCUCCAUCCCCCGAUAGAUCGUGAGUCCAAAGAGCAUGAGGACACGAUUAAGACAGACAUGACUGAGGACCAGAUGCAUCAGGCCAAAGCUCCCCUGCAUAAACAAGACUUGAUCAACAGCAAGAAGGUCAUAGCUUUGCAUAAGGACAGGAAGAAGCAGGGAGAGAAGCAGAGGUCCAUGGGCCAGACAAACUACUCACCACUUCCCAUUGACAAGCAUGAACCCGAAUAUGGUCCAUGCAGAAGAAAGCUGGACGGGAUUAUUCAGAGCAUGAAGGACACUUCACGUGUCAUGGCUCUGUCCCUCUAUCUCCCCAACUGUGACAGAAAGGGCUUCUUUAAGCGAAAGCAGUGCAAGCCCUCCCGUGGCCGGAAACGAGGCAUCUGCUGGUGCGUGGACAAAUACGGGGUGCAGCUGCCAGGAACCGACUAUAGCGGGGGCAACAUCCAGUGCAAGGACCUGGAGAACAGCAACAACAACGAGUGAGGAGACGUCCCCCUCCCAGAUCACCUGACCCUAGGGCCCACCUCCUCCUUUCCUUCCCACCUGUUCACCCGCCAGUCACUUUGAGAUUGUGAUACAAAGCAAAACGAAAAUCAAAGUAAACGAAAAACAGAACAGAACAAUAACGAAAAUGAAAAAGCAGAAAAAACGACACAGGAAUCCUUUUUUCGACUGAGCGCUCAUCUCUAACUCACGGGACCCAGCAAGUCAGAGUCAUUCUCUCUCUCGCUAUUAAGGAAUCCCCUGCUAGAAGCUGGGUCCCAGCAAAAUAAAUAAAUAAAAAACAAAAAUAUACAUGCAAUUAUAUAUUUUUUAUAGAAGCUGGGGUUUGAGCACCAUACCAUUUUGUUUAAAGUUAACAUAAGACAGAAAAGAAUAUAUGGCAUGUUUAUUAUUAACAGGGCUAUCUUGUUUUUUACAUCUAUUGUUGUUGAGGUGUCAGAAGAGAUAGCAAAGAACUCCACUAUUGGAAGAACUGUUUUUUUGUUUGUUUGUUUUCCAAAAGAAAAAAAAACACACGAUAGGGAUCUGCUGAUACAGUCGUCUCUAUCUGGGUAUUUGGUCCUGUCAGAGCACUUAUUAUAGGGGAACCUGCUUGGAAAUGUGUAACUUCACCAAGUUCAGUGUACAUUUGUGUGAAUGUGUGUAUGAGCAUAUUUUGUGUGUGUAUGCAUGUUUGUAUGUGUUUGAUUGUGAAAGAAAGGUAGAGCAAGAGAGAGAGCCUUUUAUGAAAGAAUGUCCUUUAUUUUCUUCCUGUCACGGCGUAUGUGGCAGAGCUCCCUGGCUUCAGAAAGGUACUCGUACUUGCCUGUUCACCGUGUGUUUCAGGGAGUGAAAAGUGUAAGAAUCAAAUUGUGUCCGACAAACCUGUUUAAGUGGCUCCAUGACUCUGUAGCUAGCCUAAUAUGCCAACUGUGCCUAUGUAUACAGACGCUGCCAUGCUAUGUGACAGAGGUAAACAGAGAUUGCUGCUCCUGUUGGUGGACUGAUGUCUUGGCAUAUUCUGAAGAUAGAAUCCAUGAUUUGACUUGAUAGCAUACUCGUAGGGCACCAGUACCCUCUUUCCUUCUGUAUUUUGGGCAUUAAGGCAGUAUUGGCCUGUAGAGGUGGUGAUUGGUGACAAGAGGUAUGUGACAGAUGUUAACCCAUCUUUGGCCUUACUGCCAUCACCAAAAUUCUCUGUAUGAUCCAUCAUUAUUAUAAGUCACAUCAAUUCCACGUUCCUGCUUUUUCAGGUUUUGUUGAGGUGCAGGAUACAGGCAGAUGUUCACCAGUCAGGACUAACUCCACCCUCUGUUUUUUGGUGUUUGAGGUGCAGUCUUGUAUUUUUAUUUUUUUAUUUUUUAUUUUUGUGCUGUUUUAAUUGCCUUCAGUGAAGUAAUGACUGCCCACUUUUGAGCCAUGUAUCUAAACCAAGAUCCCUGACACUGAAAUCGGUGUACUCUUGGUAUAUUACCUUUAACUUUAGAUUAAUGAAUGUUUUAACAACAAAAUACAGUAUACUGGUGCUUGGAAAAGACUUGUGUAUUUUAGCCUGUAAACAAUUUGCAUCGUUCUAUUCAACCUGUCACAAAGCGACCCUAGUCGUUUGAAUCCAAGGGCAUUCAGAUGACAAGGCAGUGAACCAGUCAGGUCACCUCUAGCCACUCUCCUCCCAAUUUGCUCGUAUGCCACAUCCCAAAAUGGUUAUCCACUUCAGACAACUUGUCUAGACUGUAAUUCAACAUGAGUUGUUUUACAAGACUGUGUUCUUUUCCCCCCUUUCUUGUUUCUUUUCUUUUCUCCUAAAGGGGCAUCGUUAAAACAAAGGGCACAUUUACUACAGGGUCAGCUGAUGUGUAGUUUUAUGUGAGUCUGUAUGCGAGUCUCAGUGCCUUUCUACAUGCAAAUACAUUUGAAUAGUGACGUGAACAUUACACAGAAGCCAAGGGGACAAAGCAGGCAAACCCUUUUGUACUGACGAGGGACCUCACUCAAGCUCAGAUACAGAGACGUACAAUGAAUAUUAUAUCGACUGUUUUUGUCACAAAGCUACACGCCCUCUUUAAAUCCUCCUGUGCUGUGGCUGAGAAAGAGAUAGAGGGAGAGGCCUUUGUCACAAACAGUGCAGACGUGUGGGCACUCUUCUGUCUCUCUCUUGCUUUCUGUUGACAAUAAGCUGAAAUGUUGAUUGUGCAAAUGUUAUGUGUACUAGCUGAAGAAAAAAAUACUUUUUCGUUUUUACAAUCAUCAUAUACGUCAACCACGAAUGACAUUGUGUCAAUGUUAAGCUCUUGCUGAUUUUCUCAGUGGAAAGGAGACAGAAAAGCCAUUCCCAGCCACUGUCGUUGUGCGCAGAUCCGAUUUCAGAGCCCAAGUGUUCAUACUUCAAAACAAUGGGAUUUAGCAAGUGGAGCUGCUCUUCCGAGCCUGCCCCUAGCGUGCUACCAAAAUCCCAUCUAAUGAGCUCAUAGCGGAAAGAAAGAGAGUGGGAGAAAGAAUGAAAGUAAGAGAGGGAGGGGGAAAGCGAUGAGUACAGCUCAUAUAUCUGUAGUGGCCAAGGGAUUUUUUGUUUUUGUAGUGGUUGCACGGUCAUACAUCCAUAUGCCCUCUGGGUGUCUGAAAGUGAAGACAUGUAGCUUGCACAAAAGGUCUCUGAAAUGGUCCUCAUGCAACAACCACAGGGCGAAUCCAAGUAUAUGGAUGCUGUCCAGGUCCUGAGCACCAAAUUGCGCCCCCACCCCAUCUAUUAAAGAAAAAGCAGCUUGCACUUAAACGGCAUCAUAACUAAGUUAUUGCCACAUUAUGCCCCUUUUUCUGUAGUCCUGUCAACAACAACUGCAUUCAACUCGUGUUCAGGUAGAGGAACAGUAGCGUGACCUUGACGGAGCUACCGCUCCCACAGUAUCUUUGACAGGGGCUAUGUGGCCCGCGCCUGAGACCCAGAACAAUAACCGUUAGGGAGAGCCGUAUUCAGUUCAUCCAUCCACUCCACUCUCACACAGCCUAUAGACAAUGAGCCUCAGUGCCACUCCGGGAGAGGGAGAGAAGGUGAGCGCCAUGGGCGGUGAUCGCGUUCAGGGCCUCACCAGCCACCCCGCAUUCAUUUUGGGGGGGGCACACAACUCACACAACACAACACAGUAGAUGCAGUUAGCGGGGUAGAUGACUGGGAGGACUUCAGAAUCUGAGAGGCAAACACAGGUAGAUGUAAACUUAGCCUAAAAUAGGCCAAAAUCCACUGAAGCAACUAUUAUGAUGUUUACCAACUCUGUAUCUUAGAACAUGGACUAGCAAGAGAAUUAAUAAUCCUAAUUCUUAAGGUAAAAGAUAGUCACUAGUUGGGAAAACAUUUUUUAGGAGUGAACAAAGAUCCUCUUCUUCCUUACAGUCGAGAUAUGCUAUAUGUUUCAAAUCCUAUUGGUGCCUCAGUCAGAUUCUGAAACCUGCCCUCUGGUUAGACUAAUGCAAUAAUCACAGCAACCGUAUACAGUUACUACAGCUUGGUUUUCUGAAUGCAUAACAGUUUUAUUUUCCGGUUGAGUUUUGACAUGAUGUUUGAUCACCACAGCAUACUGCAUAAACUGGCAUGUGAAAUGACCCAUUUGUGGCAGGAGGACCGUGGAAAUGUUCAGCAUUUGGAAUUCUUAAUGAUACAAAACAAAAAAAAAAUCUCAAAUUAUUAAGAAAGUGAAUAUCACUGUGUAAUAUUUAUUCAACUUGUAAUUUAUGUACUCUUUUAACCUUUGUCUUUUUUGUUAUGACAAAGCAUUUAUUUAAAUAAAGUUAUGUAUUCAUUUAACAA